GACAGAGUAACUAUCGCAUUUAUAAUAUUAUAAUAGUAAGGAGGUAACAACUAAGACAUUAGCAUAAUCAUUAAAUGCUACUUAAUUGUACUAAUUAAAUUAAUUAUUUCUAGAUCAUGAAAUUGGCGUAACAGUGGAAAAACUACAACCCUUUAUAGAAAGCAAAGAUUUUGAAAACAUGUCCAUCGGUGGAGGUAUAGACGAAGGAGUUUCCUAUGAAUCAGACAAAGUACUACUAUUUUACCAAGAUAAAGCGCUAUUAGUACUUGAUGUUGACUGCUACGGAAUAGAGACGCAUGGAUCACUUAUGCCUGAUUCGAACAUUACAGCUAUAGGAAAGUGCGCGAAAGUGAUCGAAUCAUUACAAGAGUAUCGAGACGAGCAAAUUGAUUACAUGAAGAAGUUGCAAGUCAGCAACACCGGCGACUUUACCAGCAUCAACUUGAACAGAUUACAGGGCGCCCUGACAGAUAGUGUGCUGCCAGGCCGUAUAACUCUUCGUUACUACAUCAAUCCGUCAACCAGAUCGACAGUAUCCGAAGUGUUUGAUGAGCUGAAAGAAAGAAUCCAAAAACUUGGUAGCGAUAUAAAGUUGACCAUUCUUACAAAUGGCAAACCAGAUGCUAUCGCAUUAGCGUCAGCCAUUUCUCCGAGCCAUUAUUCCAUUGUACUAUUCGACGGCACCUUGAAUAUCACCCACUGCCCGGACCUCACUACUUGUAACAUUGCUGUUGCAAAAGUGAGGUCCGCGGCGUGGACGGUAGGCUUGGUGUCCGUCUACCUGGAGCCGAGUAAGCCCAUCGAACCUUACCUGGACUUGAUUGGCUCUGUCGUGGAGAGGCUGGAUACUGCCGACGUGAUACUUGGCGGCGACGUAAACGCGUGGUCCACAUGGUGGGGAAGCCGCACCACGGACAAGAGAGGUGAUCAGGUAGUAGCCAAAUUCGACGGGCUAGGUCUACAUGUACUCAACUGUGGGUCUGAGCCUACCUUUGAUACCAUUCGCGGUAUGAGACGGUUCACGAGCUCCGUGGAUGUAACUGCGUGCACGACCGCAAUGCUCGGUAGGGUGGUGAACUGGCGUCUCGCAGACGAUAUAUCCAGUUCGGACCACAGGGCGAUUCUGUUCGGCGUAAGACUUCAGGUAUCCUCAGGCACGGACAUUUGUCGCUCCACCCGGAAGUACCAUACUGGAAAGGCUAAUUGGGGCGAGUUUCGAGAGAAACUCGCCUCAAAGUGGAAAGAUAGAAAGUUAACAUCGGAGGAAGUGGAGAAAAUUACAGACAGGGACGUUUUAGAGAAGGUAGUCGACAGUUAUGUGGAAACCGUGGUGGAAGUCUGUAAUGAGACGAUACCGGGGAUACCUAGGAGGGGUAGAACAGGAUUGCCCUGGUGGUCCGAAAAGCUCUCUCGCCUUAAAAGGGAACUUUUAAGGCAGAAGAGACGGGUCUCCUGCGCGGCGCCGGUUCGUAGAGGUUGGGUCGUGCAACAGUACAUACAUGCGAAGGAGAAUUACCAGUCCGAGGUAAGGAAGGCUCAGACUCAGAGUUGGAAGGAUUUUUGUGGCCGUCAGGGGCGCGAGACCAUGUGGGAUGGGAUUUACAGGGUGAUAACCCGUACCGCAGUGAGGCACGAAGACCUCCCCCUCGUACGGGACGGAGUUGUGUUGAGCGCGGUUGAGUCGGCCAGGGCCUUAGCUGAAGCUUUCUAUCCCGAAGAUAGGCACAGGGAUGACAAUGCGGACCACGUAGAAAUGAGAACAGUGGCGAAUAGUGUGAACGUGGGGCCGCAUGAUGAAACAUGCGACCCCCCCUUCAAGAUGCACGAACUCAUGCGGUACGCGGGCGCCGAGUGGACCCGAGAGCCCACGAAAGGAUGUGUGCAGGGAUCCAUUGGGGGACCGACGCUCUGGAAUCUACUGCUGAAUCCGCUCCUGGUGGAAUUGGAGGAGAUGGGCGUCCGCUGCCAGGCAUUUGCUGACGAUGUGGUCCUGAUGUUCUCGGGAGAAGGAGCCGGUGACGUGGAGGGUGUAGCCAAUGGGGCUCUCGAACAUGUUCGGAAGUGGGGUGUACGUAACAAACUUAACUUCGCGCCACAGAAAACCAUGGCAAUGGUGAUUACCAGAAAAUUGAAGCACGACACCCCACGGCUGAGCAUGGGCGGGGGGCCCAUUGUGCUCACCAAGGAGAUGAGGAUCCUGGG